AUGACGAGCUCAGCCAACUCGAGUAACAAGCGCAUCUACGAGGCGAACAAGCGCAUCCUGUCGCUGCACCUCAACAUUGUGCUCAUCUCGCUUGUGCUCUUCUUGCUCGUGCGCAUCGGAUGGCAGUUUGACAGCAUGUCAACGUGGAUCUGGGUGGCUGCUGCCGGUGUCGUUGGAUCGGAUGCGAUUUGCUACUCGCUGCUCGCUGCCAGCGGUCGCGCAAGCUUCUCUCCCUCAGGCGAGCUCCUUGAUGCUGGCCAUGACUUGGAUGCUGGAGGUCUUUCCGAGUACUACAAAGAUGUCAUCUACGUCAACUGCGCAGUGAAGGCUCUGUCUGUGUUCUUUAACGCUGCAUGGUUGAUUUGGGCUGUGAUUCCUGUGUUUGCAACGUACAAGGUCUGGGGCAUGUUCCUCGGACCGCUGGUCAUGUCGUGGUUCUCCCGAGGAGAUCAGCAAUCAGACCAGAUGGAUGAGGCUACCGCAAAGCGUCUCGCCAAGAAGGAGCGCCAAGCCGCGCGUGCUGAAAAGUUUAAUACUCGUCGUUAG